AAAAGUACAAAUAAAACACAAGAGUGUUGAUGUGUGCCCUGCCCCAUUACAGUGAGUGAGUAAAUCACAGCGAGUUUGUUUUCCAAUUGCUCUUUUAAGCACUGUUUUCAUAUUUGUCAGUUUGCUCCUCCUCUUUUGUUCUGAUUUGUUUUUUCUGCUGUUUCACUGCCAUGGUGAACUCUUCCAGAGGAGACUGUCCAAAAUUCAAUGUCUGUGUCCCUCAGUCACACUCUAUGGAUGAGCAGUGCUUAAAGUCCUUGUUGCAUUACAAACACUAUUAACAAUUGUGCUGGUGUGAAAGUGCUCCCCAGCCCUUUUUGGCACACAGUUGACAGAGCUCUGAGAUAACAGUGGAAAUCUUUUCAGCUUGUUUCUUAUGGUGAUGCUAGGUGGUGUUUGAAAUGUUUGUUAGAAUUCUGGGUGUGCAGUCCAUGGAAAAUGGGAGAAAACACAGUUUUUUUGCUUUGAAAUAUUAUAUUUGUAGAAACUAAGAGCAUCUCACUCCUGAUCUGAAUAAUAAAUCCAUAAUGAAGUUGGCAGUGCUGCUGGGCAGUGGUCCCAUGCUAUGGUCAGUUGGUGUCCAUGCCCUGGGCACUGGGUGUCCAUGCCAUGGGCACUGGGUGUCUGUGCUAUGGUCACUUGGUGCCCAUGCACUGGAUGUCUGUGCUAUGGUUAGUGUGUGUCCAUGUCAUGGUCAGUGGUGAGUGGUGCCCAUGCCAUGGUCAAUGACUGUCUGUGCUAUAGCUAGUGUGUGUCUGUGCUGAGGCAGUGGAUAUGUCACUGCCCCAAGCAGUAGGUGCCCAUGCCAUGGUCAGUGCCUGUCCAUACCAUGGUCAGUGACUAUCUGCGCUGUGUGCCAUGUAUAUCUGUGCCCUGGGAAGUGGUCAGUGACUGUCCAUGCCCUGGUAAGUGGUCAUUGAGUGUCCGUACCAUGUGCAGCGUAGGUCCGUGCCCUGGUCAGUGGUGUCCGUGGCAUGCGCAGUGACUGUCCGUACCAUGCGCAUGUAUGUCUGUACCCUGGUCAGUGGUGUCCGCGCCUCGGCCGCUACUGCGCGGGUCGGUCCCAGUGAUCUCUCAUCGGUCGGUAGAGGGCGCCCGUCCCCGGCGUGCGGGGGGCGCUCGGUGCUCCCACACAGUCCCGGCCCCGCCGGUGAGAGCCAAGGAGCCAACGCUGGCCACCAGCGUGGCCUUAGUGCUGCCUCUGCCUUCCUGCUCCAGCGAGGGUUCGGACAACCCCCGGCCCCUGCCCACCCGCGUUGCGGUUGCGCCUCUCGCUCCUUCCACGCGUUGAUCGUCGCCUGCGGGUGGAAGGAGCGUGUGACGUGUGCCGGGAGCAGGGAACACACACGUGUGUCGGAGCAAGGGAGCACACGUGUGUCGCUCGCCUGCAGCGCUCAGUGGGUUUGGGGCUCCAGUGUCCCGUGGUGCCCCGAGGAUGCGCUCUCGUCCCGCGCGGUUGUCGCCCAUCAGUCGCGCUUUCACGCCAGUGAUUGCUGUCGUUGCGGGGUGUGUGCUCACAGUUGACUCCGGGCAGGGCGCCGUGAGUGCUCACACACGCUCCGUGCCCGUGCGAGCGCGACCAGCGCCGCUCCCCCCUCUUGUUCCAUUUCACUGCUGCCAGAAAUGCAGCGGCGAGAGAGAAAAAGCCAUCGCCCUACCGCCCCUCCUUGGCGGCGCGGCGGUCCGUGAACCCAGCAGUUUAUCCUCUCCCUCGCUCCCUCCCUCGUCGGCGCUGCCGCCGGGGCCGUGCCGCGCGCCCGUCUGUGCAGAGGCUCGGCUCGGUUCGCCUGAGCUCGACACUGUCCAGCUUGGCUCGGUUUGGCUCGGCACCACUCAGCACGGCUCGGCUAGGCACGGUUCGGCUCAGCUACACUCGGCACAUCCCAGCUCGGUUCGGCUCGGCUGAGCUUGGAUCAGCUCCGUUGUGCUCGGCGCGGCCGGGCUCUGUAGGACUGGCUCGGCUCGGCUGAUCGCGGCAGAUCCCGGCCGGUCUGGGCUCAGCGCGAAGCGGGAGGCGGGCGCUGUUCCUGGAAGAGCCCGGGCCGGGGAGUUGGUCACAUUCUUGGCCGGGAUUCAAUGACUGAGGCAGACACCAACAAACAGAAGGGGGGAGGCGGAGGGCGGGAGGCUGAGCCCGCCUGCAUUAGCUCAGCUCUCAGGCACUCUCAGUCACUGCUGGAAAGAGGAGCUGGGAGGAUGUGCGCGCUCUCACCGCGGCUCCCCACGGCACAACGAGAGCACCGGCAGAAAUAAGGGAAGGAAGGCGAACCGAGAGGCGAGGAGCCCUCCCAGGCCGAGCAGAGGGACCACGAGGGGCAGCGGAGCCGCUCCACGCCCGUGCGGAGCCCCCGCGCCGCUUUGGCAGUGCCAGAGAUUUGGGCCUUUUCUCCUGCGUUGUUCCUUCCACAGACCGAGCGUUCUGCCUCCUCCUGCUUUUUACUUUCCUCCCCCGCGCCUUCUUUCGGUGGAUAUGGACAGAAGGGGGAUCACUGCAGAGAAGCAGCAGCCGCCAGAACAUAUUUGAGCCCCGGGUGCUCGGAGCGUGGCACAGACUUCUUGUGUUUCUGUGGGUGGUGUGUGUGUGUGAGUGUGUGUUGGAGGUGUGGGAGGAGGGAUUGGUUUGCCUGGGGGUUGGCUGAGGGGGUGAGUGCUCGGAUGAAGACCUCUUUUUGCUGUGAUUCUGUGCUCCAUCGGGGCAGCUUGGAGACUUGGAGGGUUUGAAAUUGUAACGCGAACCAAGAGAAAAGAAAGAAGAGAGAGACACGCAUACAAAAGGAUUUAUUUCCUCUCCGUUAGUGGAUUGCUGAUUGAGAAGGAGGAAAAACACAAGGAAACUAGAAAAUGGAGACUGUAAGUAGAAGCAGCUUCCAGCCUCAUCCAGGACUGCAGAAGACCUUGGAACAGUUUCAUCUGAGCUCUAUGAGCUCCCUGGGUGGCCCUGCUGCUUUCUCAGCACGAUGGGCACAGGAGAUGUACAAGAAAGACAAUGGCAAAGACCCAGCGGAACCUGUACUGCAUCUGCCCCCGAUCCAGCCUCCUCCGGUCAUGCCUGGUCCCUUCUUCAUGCCCUCGGACAGAUCCACGGAGAGGUGCGAGACCAUCCUGGAAGGGGAAACCAUCUCCUGCUUCGUGGUGGGCGGAGAGAAGCGGCUUUGCUUGCCCCAGAUCCUGAACUCGGUGCUCAGGGACUUCUCCCUGCAGCAGAUUAAUUCGGUGUGUGAUGAGCUACAUAUUUACUGCUCCAGAUGCACUGCUGACCAGCUGGAAAUCCUCAAAGUCAUGGGCAUCCUGCCCUUCUCCGCUCCUUCCUGCGGGCUCAUCACGAAAACUGAUGCUGAGAGGCUUUGUAACGCCUUGCUUUAUGGUGGCACUUACCCUCCCCACUGCAAGAAGGAAUUCUCUAGCACAAUUGAGCUGGAGCUCACGGAGAAGAGCUUCAAGGUGUAUCAUGAAUGCUUUGGGAAGUGUAAGGGACUCCUGGUGCCAGAGCUUUACAGUAACCCCAGCGCAGCCUGCAUCCAGUGCUUGGACUGCAGGCUCAUGUAUCCACCACACAAAUUUGUGGUCCACUCUCACAAAUCGCUGGAAAACAGGACUUGCCACUGGGGCUUUGACUCUGCAAACUGGAGAUCCUAUAUCCUCCUCAGCCAGGAUUAUACUGGGAAAGAGGAGAAAGCUAGACUGGGCCAGCUCUUAGAUGAAAUGAAAGAAAAAUUUGACUAUAACAACAAAUACAAGAGGAAAGCCCCUCGGGUCUCUUCAGAUCCUCCUGCUUCCAAAAAGCCCAAAAUAGAUGACUCUGCUUCCCAAUCUCCAGCUUCUACUGAGAAGGAAAAACAGUCCGGUUGGUUACGGUCCUUAUCCAGUUCAUCUAAUAAGAGCAUCGGCUGUGUCCAUCCCCGGCAGCGCCUCUCCGCCUUCCGGCCCUGGUCCCCUGCGGUGUCUGCCAGCGAGAAGGAGCUCUCCAGCCACCUGCCUGCCCUGAUCCGGGACAGCUUUUACUCCUACAAGAGCUUUGAGAGCGCUGUGGCCCCCAACGUGGCCCUGGCCCCUCCGGCCCAACAGAAGAUCGUGAGCAACCCUCCCUGUGCCACCGUGGUGUCCCGCAGCAGCGAAUCCCUGGGCUCUGCCCAGCCGAGGAAGAGGAAACACGGCACAGAGCACACGGCUGUCCCUGAGGCUGCGGCCACCACGGCCACCGCCCCUGAGGAGGACAAGGAGUCAGAAGCAGAGAUUGAAGUAGAAACCAGGGAAGAAUUCACCUCUUCCUUAUCCUCGCUCUCCUCCCCAUCCUUCACCUCCUCCAGCUCUGCCAAGGACAUGAGCUCCCCUGGGAUGCAGCCCCCAGCCCCCGUCAACAGUUCCUAUGAGGUGGCUGCACACCCCGACCCCCACAGCAGUGGGCUGGAGGCUGAGCUGGAGCACCUCAGGCAGGCCCUGGACAGUGGCCUGGACACAAAAGAAGCCAAAGAGAAGUUCCUGCACGAGGUGGUGAAGAUGAGGGUGAAGCAGGAGGAGAAGCUGAACGCGGCCCUGCAGGCCAAACGCAGCCUGCACCAGGAGCUGGAGUUCCUGAGAGUGGCCAAGAAGGAGAAGCUGAGAGAAGCAACAGAGGCCAAGCGCAACCUGAGGAAAGAGAUCGAGCGUCUGCGAGCCGAGAACGAGAAGAAGAUGAAGGAGGCCAAUGAGUCCCGAGUCCGGCUGAAGAGGGAGCUGGAGCAGGCCCGGCAGAUCCGUGUGUGUGACAAGGGCUGCGAGGCCGGCAGGCUCCGGGCCAAGUACUCAGCACAGAUCGAGGACCUACAGGUGAAGCUGCAGCAUGCCGAGGCCGACCGGGAGCAGCUCCGUGCCGACCUCCUGCACGAGCGGGAGGCCCGAGAGCACCUGGAGAAGGUGGUCAAGGAACUUCAGGAACAACUGUGGCCUAAAGCCAGCAGCCAGCCCAGCAGUGAGAGCACCUCGAGCCCCAUGGAGAACUGAUGCCUCAUCCCCCAGCACAGGGAGGGAGAGAGUGGGACUGGGAGUGCAUGUGUGAGUAGCGGUGUCCUGGCACACACUUUAGGAAUAUGGAUUCUCAGUAGUUGGAAGGCAAAUGUUACUCUCUAGAACAGAAGCACUGAAUUCCGCCUCUUUUUUCCCAAUCCAUAUAGCACAACAUCUUACUGUGCCUAGAAAACACAAAGCGUUUGUAAACAAAAUACUUUUAAGUCCACAGCAAAUUUUCUACUGGCAAACUCCAAGCAAAGCAGCAUGGUCCAGCUAAACCUGGAGUCCAAGGCGAGCACAGCAGUGGCUUUGUGUUCUCCUUCCUGUUGGAACAUUUUGGAAUUUAAAAACAAAUCAACUUUUCUUAUAAGCUAUUUAAAAUAAUUCAUUACACAGACUUGGUAUUAAAAAAAAAAUUAACAAGAUUUUUAUAAGGAACCUUUAAAAGCAAAACAAAAAAAAAAUCAAAAAUAAAAAACCUUUGAUGCACAAUUUUUAAUGACUUUAUAGGCUUUGGGAUUCUUUGUGCAGAAGCCCCUCUGUGGUGAUGAUGCCAUCCAUGUCAGGAGCAGUUUUCCAGCCAUCUCAGAAGCCAUCACAGUUCUAUCCCAUCACGUAGGUGUAGGAGAUGUUCAGAAUGCUUUUCCAAGUUGAUUUUUUUCCUUAGAAUGAAUUAUGUCCAUUUCCUGCCCUGGACACAGAAAGAAGGGAAGAUGCAGGAGUGUGCAGGGGGUGAGGGGAGGAGAAGGGGUUGGAUUGAGAACCCCAGCCCAGCCCCACUUCUCCCCCUGUGUUCAGAGACUUCACCUAGGAACACUUCAGCCUUGGGAAAAGAAAGGAAGAAAGGAAGGAAAUGGAUGAUCACUUGGUAGAGGAACAAGGCAGAGACAUCUGUGUGUUGAAGUCAUUCUGAAAUCUUCAGCUUUCAGUUUCUGGAAAACUCAUCUUGUUGCACCAUCUUACCAUGAAUUCAGUAUUUCCCUGCUUCCAUUCUGAACUGUCAGUGAGGAUUUCUGUGCCCAAGGAGAGUCCAACGUCGCAGUGUCAGAUACUACAGAACAGAAAACCAACACUUUUGCUGCUGUGAAUAAGCCUACAUCUGUUUUUAAAAAACUUUUUUGUUUUUAAAAAGAGAAAUUACUUUAAUUUUGGGAUCCAAGCCACAGGCCCGGGAUACAAUGCAGCAAACCAUCACUGCCUUGGGGGUGGUGCUGAGGUUUUAUAUAUAUAUAUUUUUUUUUUUUUUAAACCUGCACUUUGUCAGAAUCUUACUUUGCAUUUUAUUCCCUGUUUCUAAGAUGUACAUGUCAAGCAUUUGAUAUUCUGUCCUAACAGCUAUACAAACCAUGAACCCAAUCUGCCACCACUGACACUUCCCAUCAGCAUCUGUGUAAGCAAAGGAGGAUCCUGCAGGUCCAGAAUACCCAGAGCAGGAAUUGUCCCUGUGCUGCUGGUUCAGUUAGAACCUGGUUUCAUGGCUGUGUAUCUGACCUAAGCUAGGGAGCAGCAGACAUGCUUCCAAAAGUGCUUAACAAAUAAAGCUGGUGCUUUAAUGAUCAGGAGAAAAGUUAAUUUUCACCCAUAAACACUCACCUCUGACACACUCAAGUGAAAACGUGAUCUGGGGCUGCAGAUGUGCCUUCCAGCUCAUUUUUCCUCUCAGCAUCUUCUCUAGGCAAUGCUGAUGCUUUUUUACCUUAAAGAAUAAAAAGAAAAAAAAAAGAAAAGAAAAAGGAAAAAAAAAAAGAGAACCCCCUAUGCAUCAUCAUACCCAGAGUUAUUCUAAAAGAAGAAACAUAUUUCCAGUAAUCUUUAUUUGCUUUUGGACAUUAAUGCAAACUAUGUAAGCUUCAAAAUUAUUUCCCAGUAGAUAGAAAGUGGCUUCCAAUCCUAAAAUUAUGGUAUUUACUUACAGUACAUUAGAGAGAUUUUUUUUUUUUUUUUAAACAAGAGCUAUUUGCUUGAAACCAUUAUAGUAACCAUUAUAGUAACUGUGAGCAUUAACAAAGAAGUUCAUAUAUAUGUUUUAGGUACAAAAAAGAAGAAAUCUGAAAGGAGUGGAAUUACUGUGACAAUGUAAAACUGAUGGGAGCAAGAAACAGUCACACCAAGUCAAUGACCUAAACCUGUUUGUGGAUACAGGGGUUGGCCCUUGUGUGUUUGGGAUGCUGGAGACUGGCUCUAGGUGCAGAUCUCCUUCUAAAGUGCAAUGCAAAAAGAAUUUUGAUCAUGCUUGAGCAGGUUGUUUGUUGUUUUUUGGUUUUUUAAUAUGGGGUUUUAUUUUCAUUGUAUGUUUUUUCUGCGAUUAUUAGUCAUAUGCAUGGAUUAAACUCUGCCAUAUAGUCAUUAAUGGGCAUUAUUACUGUCUUAUGUAAAGGGGUUCUUUUGUUAUGCAGUAUGCAGAAAACUGUUCUCAGCCUUAUGAUUUCCAGAUCUCUAUUAUCUACUUAUUUCUUCAAGGGAAACUAAACAACUGUAGCUGUAGCUGAUCUUUUUUGUGCAUUUCUAGUAUCUUGUGCUCUGCUUUACUGCUGUGUUGGGAACCACACAGAGGAACAGACCCUGCUCCUAUGGUGGCUCAUGGAAGCCUGGCUUUGGAAAUUUUGCUUGUUUGGGUUUUUCCCCCUGAUCUAUGAUCGUUUCUGUCCCUUUAUAACCCCCCCCAAAAUAGCAACUUGUCCAGCUGUUGUCUCCCAGGAAAAGCCACUCACCUGAGCAUACCAUGAGUUUUCUUUUUUGUGUCCAGGGAAAUGCAGUCACUCACUGGGUAUGAGGCUCCCAUGCUCCUGAAGGAAGGAAAUCUGCAGGAUUUUCAAAGAAAAAAAGCAGAACAGUACAAUAGUCAAUCACCACCAAGCAGUCUCACCUGUGCCGCACAGGUAACAUGUCACAGGGGCAGCACAGAAUCUCCAAACCAGAAUUACAUCUGGGGCUUUGCUUUCUGCCCCACUCACAGUCACUCCAGGCAGGGUAAUACUAGGAUUUGGUCCUUGGGAGUGAAAGGCCAUUUCUAUCAAUGAAGGUUUAAAAGCAUAAAAAUAAAUAAGGUGCAAGAAGAGCAGGAACAAACAUUCUCCAGCAGCAGCCAGUGCCCAGGAGGGGCUCGCAGGGCUGGGUUUGGCUUAAACUACUGGGCAUUUCCUAACCAUGUUUAACAAUCAGAUUGUUCUUUCUGCAGAACAGAUAAGUUGUUUCUGCAGUGUGUAAUUUAUUUCUAAUUCAGAGUAAUGAGAAGUGUCUCUGUCCCAGCCCCAGAGGCUGAUUCUUGCUGGGGGAGCUCUGCAGAGCAGGCCCCCUGUGUGAAGGUGCUCGAGACCAGGGAGCUCUGGGGUCAUUCCGGUGUCUGCAACACCUCAGUAAAGCUGUGUGAGCCUGGUCCCAUGGAAUUCCUUCCUUCCUGCAGCCCCCACUCCCUGCUGCAUUCCAGGGAGAGGGGCUGUGCCUCCAUCUCCCAUUCCUCUGUGCUUUAGUUUCCUUUAAGAAGUUCCAAGGGAGAAGAGGUGUUUCGUACAGGCUGUUGACUCUCCCUGUACCUACAAAUAUAUUACUACUUGUAUAAUUCAGUUUAAUUACUCCUUGUUUCUAUUACUGAACGAAGACUUAACAAAGGGAAAAAAAAAACAACAGCAAUAACAUUCAUAUCUAUGGAGCAGCUAAUUCUAUACAUAAUAUUCUGCUUUUCAAACAGAACUAGCCAAUGUAAAAAAACAUUAAAAGUAAAUUCAACAUGUAAAUACUUUUUUUUUUCAUUUUACACUGUUGUAUUAUAAGUGUAUAUGGUGUUUACUUUUUCAAAACUCUUUCUUACUUGGUAGUUGUCUUGUUUUAUGAGUUGUGUUUUUAACUGAGAAGAACCUUUGCUGUCUGUUAGAAAAAAACAAAACAAAAUCUUUUUGCAAGUUUUCAAUGUGGGUUAUAACCUUUUCUUCUCAAUCAUUUACAUUUUAUUUGUCCUUAUUUUCACUGUAAAGUAUUUUAUUACCAAAAGGUUGGUUUUUGUUCCAUUCUGCCCUCUCAGCAGUCCAUGUGUUUUAGAGAGAAGUUUUUUGUUGGCUUGGUUAUUGUUUUGUUUUUUUGGUUUUGUUUUGGUUUUUUUUUAAAUUGAAAGAACUCACAGAAAUGACAUUUUUUCAAUUAAAGAAAAAUAAAUCUUUACAUUUAUAAUAGCCAAUAGCAUUUCAGCACAUUUUUGUUAUCCUGGUCUCUCCUAUGCUGCUGCUAAUGACAAUAUUAUGACUUACUCUACUAUUCUAGAACUAUUUUUAUGUAAGUAAUGUAUGCUUUCUUGUUUAUAAAUGCCUGAUUUAAAAAAAAAAUAAGAAAAAAGCUUGGCAUAUUUAUCUAUUUCGCUGUGUACCUUGAUAGUCCUUUUCCACCCCCUUUUCCACAUCCCCUCCCCACCGAUGCAGAUAAUAUUGUAAAAUAAAGGACUUUAUGAGAUUAUGUAUGAAAAUAGCUAUGCUUAUAUACCACAGUGACUGAAUGUACAGUGUAUAGACGCAUUACCGAAAAUAAAAUUGUUUGUCCAGAAAAAAA